AUGUCUAAUGAUCUCGGGCUUUUAAUGCAGAAAGUUUCUUCCUCGAGCCUUAUCGGCAUUGCAGAGCUCCCGGGUUCCCCAGCACCACGAAUGCCCUCUGGCGGUACUUUGACGAGCUUGCCAUUCAGGGCCAGCUACCCAAGAGUAUCUCCGCUACCAUCAAAGCCUCCAGAGAGAUUCAUCGCUAUAGGAAUUGACUUCGGGACUACGUUCUCUGGCGUAUCGUGGGCUUACUCUGAAGAUCCCGAUCUCAUUCACGAAGUCAGUCACUGGCCAUGUGCCGAAUCGCAAGUCAAGGACGAGAUACAAGUACCAACGCAGUACGACUUGGCAACGAAUCAGUUUGGAUACCUGGUCUCGCGGGACGCCUUGCCCGUCAAGUGGUUCAAGUUGCUACUCCUCGAGGACAAGGACGUCAAAGAUGAUUUGAAGGGCGCGGAAUACCUACAAGAUGCCACAAAACAGCUGUCAGAGCGGUCUAUGGAUGUAGUUGAGCUUAUCGCAGACUACCUGAAGAAGAUUUGGGAACAUGCCCUCACGGAAAUCAAGACUCAGGUCGACAUUGAAGUUCUACCCUUCCGCGUCGCUAUCACGAUACCUGCUAUAUGGCCACAGUACGCGCGUGAGAAGAUGAAACAAGCGGCGCAACGGGCCGGCAUCCUGGCGUUCAGACCAAUCGGCAAAACCAAGCUUGAUCUAGUAGAAGAGCCAGAGGCUGCCGCUCUGGCUACUCUGCUCGAAAGAAAAAAGUACCCCGAGAUAGGCGCUGGUGAGGUUUUUAUCGUAUGCGACUGUGGUGGAGGUACAGUAGAUAUCAUCAGCUAUAAAGUGAACUCGAUUGAGCCUUUCCGUCUCGGAGAAGCUGCCAAAGGUGAUGGAAAACUGUGCGGAGCCUUCCUAAUUGACGAUGCCUUUGAGACGUGGAUGCAAUACAAAUCGGGGCUCAAGUUUGACCAGUGCCGGUCACCCAAGCACGAUUUCAGAAUUUUUGUCAACGAUGAGUGGGAGUACACCAUGAAGCGCGCCUUCUCGGGCAGUGAAGCAACAGAGGUGCUCACACUUAGGCCACCAGCAAGAGCGUUCUCAAAAGUAAAGAGAUGGCGAGGUGCGAAUGACAGUUACUCGCUGAAGAGAGAGACAAUCCGACAAUUCUACAAUAAGACUCUGAACGGGAUUCGACAGCUUAUCAGUGAUCAAAAGAAAGAAAUCAUGAGGCAGUAUGGUAAAGAGCCGAAAAAAAUUCUCCUUGUUGGAGGUUUAGGCUCUUCGAGAUAUAUCUACAAUAGGCUACAAGCAGAGCACCAAAAUGUAUUGCAACCGAAUCGAGCAUGGUCGGUAGUUGCUCGUGGUGCCGUUAUAGCAGUACUCCGCAACACCUUCUCAAGCAAAGAGUUCGCAAACUCCACAGACGCCAGAGUUAAACAAACCCUUUAUCGAAUGCCCGAGAUAUCUGCCAGGGUAUCGCGGUACAACUACGGUGUGGAGCAUGGAGUGCCUGUUCACAGUGCCAGUCCGCCUGUGGAUACCUCCGCCGACAAAGUGACGAUUGACCCCGACGGAACUCGGAUAGUCUGGCGAAUGAAAUGGUAUCUCAGACAAGGUGACACGGUCGACAACAAGGAUCCUGUGACGUGCGGCUUCUAUCAAUAUAUCAAAGAUGCAUCCACCAAGAAGACAACGUUCAAGAUCCUGACGAGCAACGCAGCUCAAGCUCCAGUCCGUAAAGAUCACACAGUGAAGCAGUUGUGUGCCAUUGACUGCGAGUUUGAUAUACCGUGGGAGAACAUGAAUGUCGUCGCAGGCGUCCGCCGAUUCGACGACCUCAAUCUUACAAUGAGGUACCAAGGAGAGCCAAAGUGGAGCUUAAAAGUUGGUAAGAACACGGUAGAGCAAGACGUCAAUGUCCAGUAUAUGGGAUCUUCUAUUUAGACGCUCACUGUCCGGAGAAUUCAGGAAUGGCAAUGGGCAGGGCUUAAAUGAGGGCAUUUGAGACUG